CAAAACACAACACAAUUUGUUACUCUAUUUAUGAUUAUAAAAGAUCCCUUUUGCCAUUUUUAUUCAUUUAUGUAAUACAUAGUAACAGGUUGAUAUUAUUUCAUUACGUAAUCAUCAAUUACAUAAGUAAAUAGUCUUAUACAAUAUAGUACAUACCAUUACAUAGAAAUAACCAAAAAAUUACAAAUAGAUUAAAGAAUAUGAAUUGCAUAAAAUUCUAUCUAACAUCAUUUGUAAUUAUUGUAAUUUCUAUUGUAUUGAUCAAUUGUAAUCGAAUGAUACAUGAAUAUGAUGAACCUCUAAUGGAUUCAACUAAUUCAGAUUACAUGACAGACAUUCCCAGUGGAGAAUUAUGGUUUAAACGCGUACAUGAACAUAGAUUUGAUAAAAAGGAUAGAUCCCCAAUAUCAGUUAAACGUCCACAGAAAUCAGUCAAUUAUUAUUAUGAUCUUUAUCGACAAUCAAUGUUACCGACAAAUGAAUUUCUUGGUUAACUUGAAAACCAUAUUUUUCUUUCAUUCAUAUGUAAUUAAUGUUUAAAAGAAAAUACAAAUAAAUAAACAAUGAAUGGUCAA